GGCAAUUUGCUCCAAAUCACAAGAGUCGAGGAAUGUCAGAUCUUCAGACAGAUAUCAGCUCUGGAUUUUGCCCACCAUCAUCACGACUCGAUCCGUAUAGCUAUUCGAUUUGAGACCAAUUAGACGAACCGACGAACAGAAAAAUCUGCUUUGGAGACCCCUCGCCGAGACUCGACCGACUCGACCGAAGAGCAACAAAGGAUCCGUUUCCCGACAGCGAAAUACCCAAGCAGGUCGACCUACCCCCUCGAUUGUCCGUGCGAGGAAGACAUCAAACGAGCGCCUCGAAUCGGAUUAUACAAACUCCACCUCUCCUGGACUUUCUCCCUAGAAGACUAGGCUAGGUGUCUGCCAGAGAUCUCUUAGCUGGACGAUAAAUAUCAACAUCGUACAUCAUGUCGCAACCUCCUACUAGACCCAGGCUGCCCCAAUCGAAAUCAGUGCUCUACAUCGAUCACCCCGUCGAGCACCCUACUCCCAGCGGAUCUCGAGCUCCUUCUCCGAGCCGACCUACGGAACCCCUCCCCAUCCCGUCCGCCGGUACCGAGACCGAGAAGAAUGGAGCUAUCGCUUCGACUUCGCCCGUCCGGGUUCCUACUCAAGCCGUCGCCGACUCUCCCGAAGAUGAAAAGUUCAUCGCUCAACGACCUGCCGAGGUCAAUCCUGAGCUCGUUGAGGAGCGGAAGGAAGUCAAGAAGGAGCUCGAUGUGCCUGAUGAACAGGCUGGACGACCGGGGUUAAAGCAGACCGCUUCGACCACUGCGGUCAUCAAUGGCGAUGACGGAUGCAUGGGGACUGAGAAUGGACAUGGGGUACCCAACGUACAUGCCGAGGCGGAAGAGUAUUAUGGAGGAAAGGAAGUUGUGAACCGGAGCCGGACUUACUCCAUCGCCGGUGUCGAGGCUCACUCGAAACGACGACCAUGGUUGACCGGAGACGAUGCGCCGUCGAGGAACAGGCGUUUGUCGCACGACGAACAGUCUGCCCGAGCUCCUCGACGGUUCUUGAUCGACGUCGAGGAGACUCUGAGAUUGGUUUUGGAACAGGAAGAUAGGGACAAUGACUUCCAGAUCUCUAUCUAUGACGCUGGGCCCAAACUUGUCUCGCUCGGUACCGCCAGCUCGAACGCUUACAAGUCCUUUGACAUCAGGGGUCAUUACAUGCUCUCCAACCUGCUACAAGAACUCGCUCACGCCCGGGACUAUGGCCGAAAGCGGAUCGUUUUGGAUGAAGCCCGUCUGGUCGAGAACCCCGUGGACCGUCUGUCUAGGAUGAUCAAGAACUCGUUCUGGAACAGUCUUACUAGACGGAUUGAUGGAGAUGGUCUGGAGCUCAUCUGUGCAGACCCGAAGAACAGGAGCAGGAAUGCCAACCCAUUGAUUUACGUACCUCAUGGGGAACCCGAGAUGGCCGAGUAUUACCGCGAGGUUGCUCGUCAGAAGCCAGCUCUUGGUCUUCAGGUCGAGGUUCUGCCGCCUCGACCAGACGACCCAGAAUUUGUCAAGUCGCUCAACGAAAAGCCCGGUAUUCUCGCUUUGGCCAUGAAGCGCAAGACGGGCAGGGAUGGAAAGCUCACUUUCGAGGGUAUUCCGUUUGUCGUUCCUGGUGCCCGAUUCAACGAGUUCUACUACUGGGAUUCGUACUUCACUGGAUUGGGACUGUUGGUUGACGGCAAGAGGGAAAUGGCGAUGAACCAUGUUGAACACUUCAUCUUCGAGAUCAAGCACUACAACAAGGUUCUGAACGGAAACCGAUCCUAUUACCUCGCCCGAUCCCAGCCCCCCUUCGUCACCGAUCUAGCCCUUCAGAUCUACAACCAGAUGCCUCGGGAAGAGCAGCCUGCACAUGUCGAAUGGCUCAAGCGGGCCAUGCGAGCCGCCAUCAAGGAGUACCAUACUUACUGGAUGGCCGAGCCUUCUCUCGACAUUGAGACUGGUCUUUCCCGAUACCGACCUGCCGGUCAAGGUAUCCCGCCGGAGACGGAAGCGACCCAUUUCACCCACAUCUUGCAACCCUUUGCCGAGAAGCACGGGAUCUCUGUACUCGAGUUUAUCGAUCAGUACAAUGAUCGCGAGAUUUUGGAACCCGACCUUGACGAAUACUUUAUGCACGACCGAGGUGUCAGAGAGUCCGGUCACGACACGACCUAUCGAUUCGAGAAGCGAUGCGCCAACUUGGCUACCAUCGAUCUGAACGCGUUGCUCUUCAAGUACGAACACGACAUCGCUACCGCCAUUCGUGACAUCUUCGGCGACGAGUUGUACCUGGAGGACGAAUUCGACAUGUCGCCAUUCCCCAUCACCCGUGAGGCCUACGCUGGAAAGCGGGAACGAUCCACUUCGAGGAAGCAGACGUCCGAGGAAUGGUACCGACGAGCGGCUUUCAGAAAGCAACAGCUCGACAAGUACUGUUGGAAUGAGGGGCAGGCGCUCUACUUUGAUUACGACACCAAGAAGAAGAGGCAGAGUCGAUACGAAUCGGUUACUACUUUCUUUGCUCUGUGGGCCGGUUGUGCCAGCGAACAUCAGGCUGAGCGUAUGAUGCAAGAAUCUGUUCGCAAGUUCGAGACCGAGGGAGGUUUGGUUUCAGGUACCGAAGAGUCCCGAGGUAGAAUUUCGAUCGACAGGCCUAACCGACAAUGGGACUACCCUUACGGAUGGGCACCUCACCAGAUUAUGACUUGGGUCGGAAUGGAACGAUACGGCUUCCAGGAAGACGCUCAAAGGCUAGCCUACCGUUGGAUUUACAUGAUGACUACCGCCUUCGUUGAUUACAACGGAGUGGUUCCCGAGAAGUUUGACGUCGUCAAGCUAUCCCACUUGGUAGACGCCGAGUACGGUAACCAGGGUCUCGACUUCAAGUUGCUCAACAGGGAAGGCUUCGCUUGGACCAACUCUUCCUUCCAGAUCGGUUUGCACUUCUUGACUACCGGUAUGAGGCGAGCUGUCGCUACGCUUACCUCGCCCGAUGUCUACUUCCGACUUUCUGGUCGCAAGGAUUCCAACAUGGACUCGCUCGAGGCCGCCAUGGGUCGAGCUAAGCUUGGCAGGAACAAGGACUGAGUCGGAAUUUCCCCUUCAACUCACGGACCUUGAACAUUUACGCAUCGCAUCUCUGUCAAUUGACGAAUAUCAUCAGUUUCCCUCUUCCUAACCUUGAAUACCAUACGACCUGUAGAGAAUUAAUGUGCGAAGAAGCCACUUGUCUAUGAUUGCAUGUACCAUUUAGAUUCAGUGAAUACGGCGCCUUUCUUUAGCCACAAGGUCUAGGA